AUUUGUAGUUCAUGCAAUGGCUGCUUUUUGUGUGAGGUGAUUAGACGGGUUAAGAAAUUGGAUAAGAAAUAUGGAUUUUGAAUAUGUCAUUAUGCGGGAAAUACUGCAAAUAUGUAGACAAAACUACGUUGUUAACCGUAUUAACAGGAUUCGGAGAUGGAUGGUGGUGGCACAGACUACUGGAAAACAGCACUGUUAGAAGUAAGCGAUGACCUGGAUAGCCGUGAUGCUCUCUCCGUGCGAUAUUUGGUCCAAGAUGAAAUCGGCAACCCUGAUUUUGAGAAGAAAAGAGAUGCAAUUGACAUCUUGAAUCAACUUUUACAUUUGAAAGAUCAAGAACUUGUCAAGCAUGUUGGAGAAUGUCUCUAUUUGAUGGAAAAAUUCACACUAAUCAGGAAACUUGGUUUAAACAAAGAAGAACUGAGAAACCAAGUUGAAAAUAAUGACACUCCAACUAUCAGUCCUUUCAGGAAAGCCUUAUUUAACAUAACAAAAGAAUUGUCAACAGAUGAUGUGGAUAAGAUGAUACGAUUAUCUAAAGAUUUCCUGCAAAAUUUGUCUAUUCGUCGACUAGAAAGAAUUGACGAAAGUGCAAGGGUAUUUGAAUUAUUCAACAUUUUGGAACAGAGAAAAGAAAUUUCAUCUGAAGAUAGUUCCUUCCUUACCAAACUGUUCAAAGAAAUGAAUCGAAAGGAUCUUGAUCAUCAUUUAGAUACACUUACAAAUGGAGGUUUCAAACCAGUCGGGAUAUAUCCGGUAAAUACAGAGAGUCCAGGUUUCUGCAUUAUAUUGAACAACGAAAAAUUUGAAGACUCAGAAAAGUUUCAUGAUAGAAUAGGCUCACAAGCAGAUGUCGCCUUUAUAACAAGAUUGUUUGAAAACCUUCGGUACAAGAUUAUAGUAAAAACCAAUCUUCGAUCAAGAGAAAUCAUUGAUUUUGUACACCGAUUAAAGGCAGAAGAUCACGGGGUGGAUACUUCUUUUGUGUUUUUCAUUUUGUCUCAUGGAGGACCACGCAUGAUAUACGGUGUAGACGGUGUGCCAGUUCAAUUAAGGAAAUUAACCGACGAAUUCACUGCUUCCGCAUGCAAAAGCUUAGCCGGAAAACCAAAACUAUUUUUCAUACAAGCAUGCCAGGGAGAAAAAGAACAGCUUAUGCCAAGAAGGACCAGUCCAAGGCGUCAUCGUGGAGUUAGAAGUGAUGUUGUACUAGUGUCUCCAGAUCAGGAUGAAACACUUGAUGACGUAGUUAUUCCUAAUGCAAGUGACUUCUUUUUGGGAUUUUCUACGGCACCUGGAUACAUCUCCUACCGCGAUCCUAGCAGUGGGUCGUUUUAUAUACAGUCUUUGUGUCGUCAAAUCCAGGAAAAGUGUAAAAGUCACCAUUUACUAGAUAUUUUAACAGAGGUAAACAGUCAAGUAAGCAAACAGAAUAUAUUACUGGACGGUGGACAGAGAGCUAAAACUGUUCCGACACAGGAGACGUCUCUUACCGCCAAGUUCUACUUCUAUCCUGAAACUAGUAAAUAUACAGUCUAACAUGUAAACGGAAUACGAACUGUAUUAAAUUAAUGGUUAAUCUGCUAGAUAACAAAAUAACACUAUAAAUUAUUAAACAAUGUUAUAAAUGUUGGUAACGUUAACCUUUUAAUCCUCGCUUACAAAACUUAGUGUCUACUGGUUAUGUGUUUGCUCAAUUCGUCGUUUAUCUGUCCGUACUUCGGAUCAUCCAAUUCUCUAAAGACAAUUGCCACAUUUCAAUGAAAAUAAAAUCCUACUUAUCUCAUUUCAUUAGAAUCUCGAUUUUGUACAAAACGGGUAUAGAUAAACUUUAAGUACUCUCUUGAUUUCAGUUUAACUUUUACAAAAACUUUUAUCUUAUGGAUAUAUAUAUAUAACGUUACAACGCUGACUUUGUAUUUUGAUUUCAAAUAUGUUUAGGGUUCCCAAACGCGAAAACAUGAAUUGCAUGAAAUAAGUAUACACAUGACAGCAAAGUGCAUGUGAAUUUGUAAGCUUGGAUCACAUGUUUUUGUUUUGUAAAUUGUCUGUAAUUAUAAAGUUUUAAUAUUUUAUUUUUUUUAAAUAGAAAAAUGAAGCUAAGUGACAUUAAUAGUUAUUCAACGAAUGCAUUGUUCAUCUACAGUUCUCUCUUGAUUUGUAAAUAUUAACUAUCCAAUUGAAUUUUCACAUAUUUAGAGAUGUAUUUUAUUUUAAAUAUUAGUGUUUUAAUCAUAAAAAUGCAAUCCUAAAUUAACAGUAACAUUUUAAUCCCAUUUGAAAGGUUUAUUUUAUGAAUGUAAAAUACAGAUACAGAUACCUAUGAAUUUUAUCACAAACUUGCAGUAUGCAAUAUAAUGAUUUGCAUUUUACAAAAAUGGACACUUUCAGUUCAUAAUCAUUUUCGCUGUGAACAAUAUACGUACACAGAGAUCCACAAAAACGGCAUUCAUGUUCAAUUUAAUAUGUAGUUCGAAUCAUUAGGUAAAAAAACACAUAACCUAGGAAAGGUAAAGUUCAUCUUUUUCCUAAAUGUGUAGGUGUUUGUAUAUUAUAUCGGUUAUAUGGAAAAGUAAUGAAUAUGAAACUAUAUUUUUUUUCCAAACUGUGACACACAUAGAUGAAAUAUGCUGCUGUUAAUUGAUUUCAUUCUUAACAAACACAAUAAUAUACAGAUAACAUCAUUAUCUAAACAUUUCUUAAUACUUUUGUUGUCUAGUUCUUAAAAGGAUAUUUCUACAGGGGUUACAAAUAAAAUUUUCAAGCAAAUCCAAUUUAAAUUGUAUUUCAACAGAAACCAGGUAUUUAGGCACAAUAAGCAAAACAAGUUUCGUAUUGUGGUUCAAAUGCUUUAAUUGUUUAAUUGUUAAAACAAUGCAAAACAUAACUGUCAUGAAAAAUAGAAAAUAUAGGGGGAUAAAAGGUACUUCUUUUUGUAAAAAUAUCAGUGGAUAAGAAGAUUUUUUUCUGUUUAUAUUAUCAUGUAUCACGUUUUUUCCUGCAAAAAUAUAAUGAUGUUAAGAUUAAAAAUUAAAAAAACGAAUGUUACAAAAACGCAUGAUUUCAAUGAUCACACGACAUUGAACAAUCUCAUCAGGUACACUUGAGACCUAGACGUUAAGAAAACAACCCAAACCAUCUCAAAUCAACUUUUUCUGAGUGUGUUGCAACCUUAUCAUUCGUACAAUAAUCUUAUAUUAUAACCAGGAAAUGUACAGAUAAUACGUAUCAGAAGCAAUGGCUACUGGGGUAUAAAUAAAAAGCAGUGGGAGUUAAAAAUGUCUGAAACGACUUCAACACGAAACUACACAAGAUUUCUGUAUUUUUUAAAGUCAAAUUAGUCGUCUUCUAUUGUGACAAUAAAAAUGGACUAGUUAAUUGAUAACCAUUUUUCUUUAAAUCAAUACGAGCAACAUUAUAUUGUUUAGGAGAAAAUGAUAUGCCUUUGUGGAUUAUUUGUGUACAUUGCUAAUAGGGAUCUGUGAUUCCAUCAGAAAGUGUCUGUAUUUCUAUUUUUGUUCAAAUACUAAUAUGUUAGAAACGUCUACCUGAUUUGUCUUAUUAUUUGAAACAGUAUAGAAAAUUUGUUACCAUUAAAUGAACUCCCAUAUUAUCAUCUUUUAUUAAAUCACUAUGCUUAUGAAAGGGAAAUGUACUCAAAAAGAAUACCUAGCUGAUUCCACAGAACACUUAACUCUAAACAUGCUAAAGAAGGAAUAUUUAAUAACAUACGGUUGAUAAGUGUAUCGCAUUUUGCGAACAAAACACAAUUAAUGCUCUUAAUUUUUUGUGUGAAAAGAUGAACAGGUGAUGUAUAAUGCAUUAUUAUUAAUUAUUUAUAUCGUAUUAUUUUAAGUGUGUUGUCCUCUAGACAGUUAAAAAUAAACAAUUUAAUGUAAGUUGAUUGACCUAUUACUAGAUUCAAUUUUUUCAACCAGUUUGUAAACCCUAUUGGAUAUUUGUUAUCAACAUUUGUUAAACUUUGUUAUAUCAUAUUUUGUUGUAUUUCUUAAAGUAAACCUUGCUUUAGACAGAAUUUUCUCACAGCUAACAGUAGUGUAUGUUCAGUCAUGUUGUUGUAAUUACAUGUAAUUGGUAGUCCUUUCUUAUAUAUACCAUUUGCACAUUCCUAAUUUUUAACCGGAUUUUCGUAGGGAAUAUCGGUUAUUAAAAUGGUGAUAUACGGCGGGCGGCUGGGCGGUUUGGCGGCUGCAAAACAGUGUCCGCACAAUAACAUGAAAACGCUUUAACAAUUUUUUUUCAAAUUUAAAAAUGUUGUUUCCUGGGACUUAAUGAAGGUCUCUAUUAAUUUUCAAGAUUUUAGUAUAUCUUCUUUGUGAGUUAUCGCCAUUUUUAAUAUCCAAAAGUAGAAUUUUAAAAUAUUUUACUGUUGUUAUCAUUUUAUGGUUUGUCUUAUUUCAGAAUAAAAAUUGGAGUGACAGAUUUAUUUGAAAAUUAUCUAUUUCCUAAGUGGUAAUGGUUAUAAGCUAUAUCAUUAGACAUUUUGAAGAUGAUUACAUUAUUAAUUAUGUUAGAGUACUAUGUUAAACAACCAUAGUUCUGUUCAAUCAGAUAUUAUAAAUAUUCAGCAUAUGAUAAUGAUUUAUUUUCAUUAUUAAUUAGAUCUUGGAAAUAAUUUAGCAUAUGAUAAUCAUUGGAGUGACAGAUUUAUUUGAAAAUUUUCUGUUUUCUGAUAAGAUCUGUAGGACUGUAUAUAUACAGUUUGAAACUUACUAGUAUUACUGUAUAAAUGAAGUAUGGAAUUUACUGUUCAUUAUUAGACAUUUUGUAGAUAAUUAAGUGUCCGUUAAUCAUAUAUAUUCUUACCCCUUCCCCCCUUCAAUUUGAUAAUGUGCUUUUAUCUUGUAAACGGUUGAGAUCCCUACUCCUAAACCAUAUAUAUUCUUGUAUGGGACAAUAAAACAAAUCAAAUGAAAUAUUGGGAUAGUCCUCGGGUUAACGGCUACCCUCCUUUUUUUGAAAACUUGUAAAUGUGCAAGCUCUCCACCCUGAAACCAUAUGUAAUUGUAUGUUACAAAUAAAAUGAAAUAAAAGGUGAGUCCCCUGGGGUCAUCCCCAGCAUGUCUGUUUGAAAACUUGUAAACGGUCGAGAUCCCCACCCCUAAACAAUAUAUAUUUUUGUAUGGGACAAUAAAAGAAAUCAAAUGAAAUAUAGGGGAAGUCCAUUGUGGUAACCCCCCAUCCCCUUCUGUUUGAGAAAUUGUAAACGGUUGAGAUCCCCACCCCUAAACCAUAUUUAUUCUUGUAUUUGACAAUAAAACAAAUCAAUUGAAAUUUAGGGGAAGUCCCCUGGGGUAACCCCCACCCCCUUUUUUUUGAAAACUUGUAAACAUUCAAGAUCCCCACCCUGAAACCAUAUAUAUAUUCUUGUAUGUGACAAUAAAACAAAUCAAAUGAAAUAAAAGUCAAGUCCCCUGGGGUCAUCCCCACCUUCUUUCUGUUUAAGAACUUGUAAACGGUCGAGAUCCCCACCCCUAAACCAUAUAUAUUCUUGUAUGGGACAAUAAAACUAAUCAAAUGAAAUAUAGGGGAAGUCCAUUGGGGAAAACCCCUACCCCCUUUUUUUUGAUAACUUGUAAACGGUCAAGAUUCCCACCCAGAAACCAUAUAUAUUCUUGUAUGGGACAAUAUAUCAAAUCAAGUGAAAUAUUGGGGAAGUCCACGGGGGUAAACACUACCCCCUUCUUUUAGAAAACUUGUAAACGGUUAAGAUCCCCAACCCUAAACCAUAUAUAUUCUUGAAUGUUACAAUAAAACAAAUCAAAUGAAAUUGAGGGGAAGUCCCCUGGGGAAACCCCCACCCCCUAUUUUUUGGAAAACUUGUUAACGGUCAAGAUCCCCACCCCGAAAACAUAUAUUUUCUUGUAUGGGACAAUAAAACAAAUAAAAUGAAAUAUAAGUCGAGUCCCCUUGGGUCACCCCACCCCCCUCCUGUUUGAGAACUUGUAAACGGUCGAGAUUCUUACCCCAAAACCAUAUAUAUUCUUGUAUAGGACAAUAAAACAAAUCAAAUGGAAAAUAGGGGAAGUCCAGGGGGUCACCCCCACCCCCCUUUUUUUUGAAAACUUGUAAACAGUCAAGUUCUCACCCCAAAACCAUAUAUAUUCUUGUAUGGGACAAUAAAACAAAUCAAAUGAAAUAAAAGGCGAGUCCCCUGGGGUCACCCCACCCCCUCCAGUUUGAGAACUUGUAAACGGUCGAGAUCCCCACCCCUAAUUCAUAUAUAUUCCUGUAUGGGACAAUACAACAAAUCAAAUGAAAUUGAGGAAAGUCCCCUGGGGUAACCCCCACACCCCUUCUUUUUCAAAACUUGUAAAUGGUCAAGAUCCCCACCCCGAAACCAUAUAUAUUCUUGUAUGGGACAAUAAAACAAAUCAAAUGAAAUAUGAGGUGAAUCCCCUUGGGUCACCCCACCCCCCCACCUGUUUAAGAACUUGUAAACGGUUGAGCUUUUCAUUAUUAAUAAGAUAAUACCACAUUGAGGUCCAAAGGGUCCUAAAUUAAACUUUUGUUUAAUUUCAUCAAAUAUUGAAUUCUUUGGUUCUUUGAUAUGCUGAUUCUAACAAUGUUUGAGUGUUAAAUCAUAUCUAAUUUAGAGAACUUAGUCAUCACUGGUUGUUGUUAUUAUAUAAUUGAUUAUAAUUUGAAAAAAUGCAUCAUAAUUUUUAGAGAACUAUUUAUCCAGUUUGAGUUAUUUCCAUUUGUACAGAAAAUAUUAUGGAUAAAAUUAACCUGUGUUUCAUUUCAACAUAAGUUAAAAAUAUAUAUAUAGGGUUCUUUCAAAUGCUGAAUCUAAACAUUCAAGAUCCCCACCCUGAAACUAUAUAUAUUCUUGUAUGUUACAAUAAAACAAAUCAAAUGAAAUAAAAGUUAAGUCCCCUGGGGUCGUCCCCACCAUCUUUCUGUUUAAAAACUUGUAAACGGUCGAGAUCCCCACCCCUAAACCAUAUAUAUUCUUGUAUGGGACAAUAAAACUAAUCAAAUGAAAUAUAGGGGAAGUCCAUUGGGGUAACCCCUACCCCCCUUUUUUUUGAUAACUUGUAAACGGUCAAGAUUCCCACCCAGAAACCAUAUAUAUUCUUGUAUGGGACAAUUUAUCAAAUCAAAUGAAAUAUAGGGGAAGUCCACGGGGCUAAACACUACCACCUUGUUUUUAAAAACUUGUAAACGGUUAACAUCCCCACCCUAAACCAUAUAUAUAUUAUAUAAUUGAUUAUAAUUUGAAAAAAUGCAUCAUAAUUUUUAGAGAACUAUUUAUCCAGUUUGAGUUAUUUCCAUUUGUACAGAAAAUAUUAUGGAUAAAAUUAACCUGUGUUUCAUUUCAACAUAAAUUAAAUAUAUAUAUAGGGUUCUUUCAAAUGCUGAAUCUGAACUCUAUUUAAAUAUUAGAUUUUUAAGCCCAGUUUUUAAGUUGGUCCAAAUCAGGGUCCAAAAUUAAACUUUGUUUGAUUCAACAAAAAUUGAAUUUAUGGGGUUCUUUGAAAUGCUGAAUCUAACCAUGUAUUGAGAGAUUUUAGAUUGUGGGCUCCUUUAUCAAAUUGGUCCACAUUGAGGUCCAAAGGGUCCUAGAUUAAACUUUUGUCUGAUUUCAUCAAAAAUUGAAUCCUUGGGGUUCUUUGAUAUGCUGGUUCUAAUAUGUACUUAGAUUUUGGAUAUUGGACCAUAAUAGGUAUUUAAAUGUCCAAUUUCAAAUAUAUCAGUUCUUUCACUACAUUCAUUUUGAGUCACAAACAUAUGAUGUGUCAAAUAUUCAAUCACAAUCCAAAUUCAGAGCUGUUUUAAGUUUAAAUGUAGUGUCCAUACUUGCUCAACUGUUCAGGGUUCGACCUCUGCAGGAAAAUCCGGUUUGCUGUCUCUCUGACAGCCUUUUGUUUCAAUUCCUCUAAUGUUUAUAUGAUUAGACUAUGGUUUUUUUUUAUCUAUUUUAAUUUUUAUCACUUCGAGGUUAUUAUCUGUUCUCGUUUUACAGGCUAAAAUUUUAAUAUGUAAAAUUUCAACUGUUAAAACAAUUAAUUAAUGGCGCUUAAAUGACAUCGUUGAAGAAUUCCCCUACGAAUAUUUAGUGGGUUAAAAAUCCAUCCUUUAUUUACUGCACACAGGCAAAUUUUGCUCACCUGAAUUUCACAUUAAUCUCACGCGAAAUUCACCUCAAAGAUUUCACGUCAGAUUCACCUCAAACGAGCUUAUACAUGAAACUCACAUGAAAAUUUUCAUAUUUUUUCACGUGGAUUACACGUUAACUUUACAAAAAAAAUGUAUUUUUCAUGAUUUUAAUUAAAUUUGAAAAUUAGAAUAUUAUUUGAAUAAUUUUAUUUUUAAAAUUCACCUGAUUUUCACGUGAAAAAAAUUCAUAUGGUUUUCACGUGGAAUGCACAUGAGUUUCACAUGAGAUUUACGUGAAACUCACAUGAACUGAUUUCACGUGAUUUUCACGUAUAAGCUCGUUUGAGGUGAAAUUCGGAUUCACAUGAAAUUCAUGUGAGUGAAAUUAUCCUGUGUACAGUUUUUAACAUUUUAUACACGAUUUUGACCAAUUGUAACAUUACUUUUAAAUUCCAUUAUGUAAACAUGUGUUUAUUUUUUUUUAAGUUUAAACUGCAUGCCACAUGCAUUUGUAAAUAUCAUGCUAAACUUUAAAGAAACUUGUAACCUUUAAAAGCUAAUUUCAAAAGAGGAGAUGAUAUAGAAAUAUACAAUCUCUCUACACGUCUUAAUGCAAAAUUGGUUUGAUUUUAGCUGUCACUCAUUUGUAUAAGAGAAUUUGAUUAUUAGAAUUAAAAUACUUUACAUAGA